AUGAAUAGCGAGAAGCACUCAGAUCUCCAGCUCCUUGUAGAUGCCACCAACAACCAAGCCAAUAGCAUUGGGCUUGUUGUCAAUGCUAAAAAGACCGACAAUCUUACAGAAUGGAAAAUCUGGAACAGCAAGGAGAUGUCUCCUAGAUUUGACAACUCGAACAUGCUCAUCAAAUUUUCUUGCAACUGUGAAACCUGGCAACUUAGACGAGCCAAGAGAAAGAGCUGGAUGAUCUUGACACAAGAGCCCUUUAUCACCAUGGCAACAGGAGGGGGAGUGGUCCCAGGAACCUCUUACACCAUCGGUGGGGUGAAGGUGGAGUUCCCAUGCAAGGCUUACCCAACACAGCUCUCAAUGAUGUCUAUGAUCAUCAAGGGGAUUGAACGACGACAGAACAGUUUGUUAGAAAGUCCGACAGGCAGCGGUAAAAGCUUGGCUCUGCUGUGUUCCUGUCUGGCAUGGCAACAGAAUGAAUAUAAAAAACGCAACGAAGAAGACAUUGAGGCAGGUAUUUUUGAGCAAAACGAGUGCCAAGGGAGUUUUGUCUGUACUUGUGAUUGUAGCAAGACAUCACCUCAACAGUCAGCCAAACCGUGUACAAUUACUUCACCCCCUGUUGAGAAUGAGUCUGCUCCAGCUGCAGCACACCCGUCCAGCAACAAUGGAACUUGCCAACCCGCGAACUCAAACGGUAGUUGUUGCAGUCAAGAAAAAGCUCCAAGCACUUCAAAAACUGAAGUUAUAGUGAUAGAUGAUGAUGAUGAUACUGAUUUUCAGCCAAGCAAGAAGAGAUAUCGAACACCAGGAGCUAGCGGGGGAGUAUGUAAGAAGAGCAAAGGUACCAAGGGCGUUGUCUUUGAAGAUCCUGCGGAUGAGAGUCCCCCUGAUGCUAAGACCAACCCUCACACACAAGCUCACUGGCAGAUGAAACUCAAGACAGAAUCAGUCAGUGAGGAUUCUGCAAAGUCGUCUUGUCCGUGUCCCUGUCAUUCUUCAAAGGUCAAGGACCUAGAAGGCAAGCAGAAAGAUACCUACAAAUGUAGAAAAAUCCCUAAGAUUUACUUCGGCACACGAACUCACAAGCAGAUUGCUCAGAUUGUGAGAGAACUCGGCAGAACAGCCUACAAGGACGUUCCCAUGUGCAUACUUGGUAGUAGGGAGUAUACAUGCGUCCACCCAGAUGUAUCAAGGAGUUUCAAUAAAAACGAUGGCUGCAAAGAAUUGCUGGAUGGACGAAAUGGUCGUUCCUGUAGAUACUACAACGGAGCCCACAAGAUGAAGAACCAGUGGCAGCUCAGGGACCGUGGUCUGACUGAGGCGUGGGAUAUUGAAGACCUGGUCUCACUAGGCAAGAAAAUCAAGGCGUGUCCAUAUUUUGCAGUGCGUUCUCUCAAAGAUGAAGCAGACAUCAUCUUCUGUCCAUACAACUACCUGAUUGAUCCAAUGAUCCGAAUGACGAUGGAUAUUAACAUGAAGAAUCAGAUUGUUGUCUUAGACGAGGCCCAUAAUAUCGAGGACUCAGCGAGAGAUGCUGCUAGCUGCAGUGUGACUGCUGACCAGCUAGAAGAGACAGUAGCUGAGCUAGAUAACCAUAUUAAACAGGAGUGGAGAGAAUACCAUUGUAGAGUCAUGCACACAGUGAGUGCAGCGUUGCUAGAGUGGGUGCAGAGUCAUUCCACUAAACUAACACAGCGUGACUUUGAGAGAGCAUUGCAUGUGUGGUCAGGAGCAGAGAUAGUCAAAGUCCUGUCUGAGUUGGGUAUCACCAAGGAUACACUGGCAUCAUUUCAGCAUCACCUGGCAGCCAUUGUGGAAGAAGCCGAGCCUAUAAAGAAGGAACAAGAGAACGGUGUGAUCCUCAGCUCUAUUGCUAGCAUGACAUUAAAGGGGCUCUUCCUGAUAUUUGGGUUUCUCUUCAAGGAUGAGAUGAAGUACAUGAAAGACUUCAAGGUGGCCAUUGUGAGGACUGCAGCAAAAAGUAACCGAUUCCACAAGACAGAUAAUCGCUGGAUAAGCAAAAGAAGAUCUUCAGACCAGUCUCAGACACUGACUCUGAAUUUCUGGUGUCUUAACCCUGCAGUUGCGUUCACUGAUUUUGGUGAGGAAGUGCGUUCCAUUAUCCUGACUUCAGGCACCUUAUCACCCAUGUCUUCAUUCCAGUCUGAGCUGGGGGUGGCGUUCCCUAUCCAACUUGAAGCUAACCAUGUUGUACAUACAUCACAGGUUUGGGUGGGAACAGUUGCCAUAGGAACCAAUGGAGGCUCACUGAAUGGCAGCUACAAAAACGCAGAGACGUACAGUUUCCAGGAUGAGAUAGGCUUACUGCUCCUGCAGGUUUGUCAAGUGGUACCCUAUGGUGUCUUGUGUUUCCUACCGUCCUAUGGAAUGAUGAGCAAGCUGUCACAGAGAUGGAAGAACACGGGCCUGUGGGAUCAACUUGAGAAGGUCAAAGUGGUGAUGUCUGAGGCACGGGGAGCAGAUAAGGUCAACUUUGAUGAGCAUCUGAGAGAGUUCUAUGAAGUCAUCAAGGACAGUGAGAAUACAGAUAUUGAGAACCAAUCAGUGACAGGGGCUGUGUUUUUGGCCGUCUGCCGGGGUAAAGUCAGCGAAGGGAUGGACUUUGCUGAUAACAAUGCAAGAGCUGUCAUGACUAUUGGCAUCCCAUUUCCAAGCAUCAAAGAUACACAAGUGGAACUGAAGCGUCAGUAUAAUGACCAGUAUUCAUCAUCUCGAGGUCUACUUACUGGCAGCGAAUGGUACGAGAUACAGGCCUACAGGGCUAUCAACCAGGCACUGGGCCGAUGCAUCAGACACAAGAGAGAUUGGGGUGCCCUUAUCUUGGUGGAUGAUCGGUUUGGUAGAAAUCCUAAGAAGUACAUCACAGGUCUUUCCAAGUGGGUGAGAGGCAAAGUGGUACAUCACACUCACGCUAGGAAUGCCCUGGCUUCACUGGACGAGUUUGCUAAGGCCAGGCAACUCAGUCCAUGUCCCCAGUUGCCAAGUUUGUCCAUGUGUGCUUCUCCAUCACUCAAUGAGUCCCUCAAUGCCACAUUCACUCCUACCAAAGACCCCCCUGCUACACCCAUGACCCCAGCUCCAUCCACCCCUAUGUCUACCCAGACCUUCAACCACAAUGAAAGUGGGAUGGCCAACGUGCUGAAAGCCAUGGCGCUGCACUCCCAGCAGAGCCAGGCCCUGGCCACGCCCAAUCUGACCACACCCACCCCAAUGAGGUUCUUCAGCUCUGCAGCCACGCCCAGCACACCAUUUGCCUUUGGUAGCAGUGCCACGGUUACAAAACCAUUGAAUACAGCGCAAACGAUGGAUACCAAUCAGAGACUGGUGCUCGGUCCUCAGUACUGGAUUGGUCCCAAUAACGAGAUGGUUCCCCUACAACCUCACCCAGUUGUCCCUUCAACUCCUGUACCGGGUCGGUUGCUUGAGGAAGUCGAUAAGUCUGGCAAGAAAAUCAUCAAACUUGUCCUUGGAAAUCAAGGAAGUAUCAUUCCAGUGCAAAACCAAAUACCAUUGAGCAACCAUGGGCAGAAUAUCCCCCCUCUUAGUACUGUGGUAUCUUCCUCAACGAGUGCUGCAUCUAUACCUUCAGUUGAGACUACUUCAGUUGCUAAGGGAGAAACUCCAACUAAAAGUAACUCGACCGUACGUCUUCAAAGUGAUGCCUCAUUGAAGGAAGGCAUCGGAAAACUGGAGGUUGACAACAAGUCAAGUCAAGAAAAUUCUACUGCAUUGAGUUUGAAGCCUGGAAACACACCCUGGAAAAGAACAGGCAGCUCUCUUUCCCCUGAGACUGUGAAUCAGCAAGAAUUUAAUGAUGUCAAGACUCCAAGAGGAAAGUUGGACUUUGAAGAAGUGGUGAACGGUUUGCCUGGCCAAGGGAACACAGACAACGGCAAACUGGAUCCUUCUGAGGUUGUCAAUCCAAGGAAGGAAGCAUCGCAAAAAGAUUCUGAUCAUCAAAUGGAGGCCUAUCGCACAGAGUACGACAAUACCCCCUUGCUCUUUGAUUCAGAUGACGAAGGUGUUGAAGACAGGUCACCCUGCCCAAAGGUCACCAACAGAGGGCCCCCAAACACCAACUGUAUGUCAUCAAAGAGAGAAGUAAAGGAGGAUAAUUUGAAAGAGAAUAAUGAGGAUGUCAGUGGAAUUCAACAGCUUAGACAUGUUAGACAAGCCACUCCAGUCAAGAACCUGAAAUCCUCAGACACCAACUUGAAAACGCCAAAUUCCAAGAAUUUGGCCAAUCAGAAUCAUGCUUCAGCAAAGAAGGCAAAAGCUACAAAUCUGGGCUCUGAGGAGGGGGGUCAUCAGGGGAGGCAGACCAGAUCGCGGGACAAGAUGUUGCUGAGACGGUCGUCCAGGAGUAGAAGGAGAAGUGAAGAUGUCAAGGAUGAUGUAGGCCAGGGUGAUUUCCUAGACGACAUAGCUCAUAAUGGGAAUAACCAGAAGCAGAACUGUGACGAGGCACUUUGCAGAUUUGGCCUCUUCUGUGCAACUUGCAACUGUUGUUUUACAGAAAAUCUUGAUGAAGUAAGCCGUGUCUCUGACGGCAAAACCAUCAAAGGCUUUUCCUACCUUGGCAGCCAGGCCAAGCUGACCAACUCAAGAACAAGAAAACUGAGUCAUGCUGUGGGGAAGUUCUGUCAGUGCCCGGAGAGAGUCAAUACUGCAGAGGGGAGGGAAAAACACCCACAGGUUGAUGGCAGGUUCUACCGCAUCUCAGCCGUCUCUGGCCUGAAAAACAUCUCAACCGAGAUAGAAAACUCACUGCGUUCACAACGAGAUUUUGCUCUGAAUGCUCACUGGAGUGAAAAAGAUCAGUGCUGCUACCAGCCAAUCAUGUGUGCCGUAUGUCAGACCAGGAGGAAUGUAACCCCUGCUGUGAUUGGCUACAAGUUGGUUGCCAUUGGACAGCACCAUGACAACAGCGUUUCCCCAGGCCAAGUCUGGCUCUUUCCAAAAGACGUUACCCACUGCCGACGUUUCACUACAAAGAAUGAAAGUGAUUGUGAACUUCAGAAGUAGCCACCUUCACCUGUCCAAAGUCCAGGUAAAUCCCAGGGACGUUCUCUUUAGCUCAGCCCAAGACAAUGCCUGACCAGAACUUACAGCAAGGCUCCUAAAACUGUAGGUUUUGGCCUAAGGAUGGAAGCAGUAUAUACUUGUAGGAACAUUUCAGACUCUUAAUUCCUGUUUAGAAAAAUGGGAAAAGUCAACAUUUUUGAUGAGUUCAAAGUUUCCAUCCAAAUGUGGGAGUCAUUUCAUCUCUGUUCCAGUUUCCACGUGAAGCUCCUUGAGGGUCAGGAUUAUCUGUCGCCAUUGUGAGUGUGGGGAAUUGUUCAUGGCAUUUUGCUCAGCUGUGCCAAAGCUAACUUGUAAUCUAGUCGAUCACAAGUCAGGUUGCGAUCGCGAGUAACAGGGAUUGAACCACGACAAAGGAAUGUCAUUGUUACAUCUCAUUUGAAUGGCUUGUGACUUGCCUGGAGACAUAAGGAUUUGUGAUUGACUGGUCAUGGACUUUUGGUGAUUUGUGACAAUUUUCAUUACAACGCUAUGCCAAAGUUGUCACCAGCCCUUUAUCCAUGAAACAUGUAUUCUUUAUUGGACUGAUUAGCGUUGCAAAGGGUGACGGUAUAUGUUUGCUUGCACAUGGGUAGUUUGUGUAGUGCAAAUUGUCCUACAGUGCAGCCCAACUUACACCUUCUCUGCAUAUUUCCAGUCUUGUAUUCUUACUUGUAUGAAGAAUGUUUCCACCCAGUAGUGACCUGUCGCCACAACAUCAGCAUAAAGUAGGACUUUUUCAGAAUUGAGAUAUUUGUAUAUCUGGUUUCUGCAGAACAAGUGUUUUUGUAAAUUAGGUAGGUUUGAAAGUGUCCUUAAUUAUUUGUACUACCGGUAGGUAUGUUUAACUCAAAGGAAUAUCGCGUGAACGUAGGUCCCUUUUUGAUAAUUCGGAUGUUGAUCAAAUGUUUUGGAAAAUCUGUAAACUGAUUUAGAAUUGUUUUCAUUCAAUGUUUAAAUGUGUAAAUGUCACAUUUUUAUCUAUAACAUUUGGGAGUAGUAAGUUCAAAAGAAUCAAAGUUGAAGGAUAUCUGGAUUCUGCAGAACAAGAUUUUUCUAAUGGUAUAUGACAUUUGAGUUUUCAAGAAAAUUACAUUGAAAGUGAGUUGAAGUAAAAGUAAGUUUUGAGAAAAUGGCAUUUAAAAGUCCUGCUGUUACAGUGAAUGAACAGUCAACAAAUAAAACAGAAUGAAAAUAGGUUUUUAAAGAUACUUGAUAGAACACCAACAAAAAAUUGGGCAAAGGUAGAAUUACAAUAAUUGUAUACGAGUGAUGCGUAAAAGAUACUCAUCAAUAGGGGGAAGGUUGCAGUUACACAAUGUAAAACGAACGCUCUUUUGUGCGUUUGUGUGGUUCUGAGACGACACGGUUGGAAACUCAACAUUUGCUCUGUCUAUCGUCAAGAACGGAAUGUCCAAAUUCCAAAAGGGAAGAGUUUUUGCCAGAUCUCAGGUCCACACAGACUCAUAAAGGACAUUUCUUUCACAUGGUUCAACUGCAAACUCAGUUUUACUCUCUUAAUUUCAAAGAAUGAAUAUAUGCACUCUGUUCAAGUAACAUUUACUUGAACUGAAACUGAGGAGUGGAGGAUUUAGAGUAAAAUUGAAUCUAGAUUUAGUUUCCUCUGCAGCAAUACUUGAUGAGUUUUUUACUGUAAUUCCUUUGGUCCCUGGUUUUCACUUGAAGUAAGAGAGUAGUAGUGGACGCAACAGGACACACAGCAUGUGCGUACUUUACUGUAGUGGACUUCCUGAAUAUGCCAAAGCUAUUUAUAGCCACAGCUUCUUCGUGUGAGCAUCAAGCGUCGUCAGUACGUGAAUACAUUCAAAUUUAACUUGCGAUGGUCUCCCAGACUAAUCCACGCCCCAACAACUUUGAAACAUUCGAAAUACGCAGUGGAUGGACCGGGAACCAGUCUAGGUCCCCCCCCCAACUCUCCUUAUCUGGCCGUUGAAGGGGUGCUUGUGUGCACGGAGCCCAUAGCUGACUUCACCAUGCAAACCUUUUGAUCCUAUCUGAUACCAUGGUCAUAUUGGCUUUGCUAAAUACGUCUUAGUAUUUUGUUAUUUUUUUUUACUGCCAAAAAUUUGAUGUUCAUCAUCAAAUUGUGAAUAUCAGCAGAAGUUUUGAAAUCUACUCUCCUUAAAAGCCUUGUUGAUUGCCUCACCUAUUUCCUCGCACAACCACAGUUUUUAAAUUUAAAUGCUUGUUAUGCCAGCUUGACUGAACCAAGUUUAUUACAGCACAGCAGUAUUUGUCUCAUUACAGCAGUUGAUAUGGCUAGCACAGCCAGAAUAAGUAGCCAUUAUAAUGGCAUACGUUUUCCUCCUGUAUCAAAAUUGCUGUUUACUGCCUUCUAAAUCGCUCUUGUGGGAAACAAAAACAUAAACUCUAGUGGUGCUUGUAAGAGAUGGUUCAUAUGGAUUGGUUUUAGAUCUCCUUGUCAAUUUUUUUUUAUUACUGCCACAGAACGUAUGGUUUUGCAAAGCCAACAUCGUUUUAACAAAGGGUCAUAAAAUACACCCUUAGCCUGUUAGGCAAUUCAGCAUCAUCAGUGCAUAUCAUGAUAUUCAAAUGUCGGAAAUUUGUGUCCGUUUAUAUGCUUGUUUUUUUCUUUUUCUUGAUGUAAAAUUACUUAACAAAAUUGCAUAACAAAUGAAGUAACUUUAAUUUUAAAAUUAAUAUUUGGUACAAGAUAUCAGUAGGCCUUUUUUUAUGGGGCAACAAAACCGUCGUCCCCACCAGGCUCCCAUAAGAAAGCACACACGUAAACAAAGUGUGACAUCAUCAGUAUCAUCAGGCUUAUUGUGGUACCUGUUGCCAUAUCAGAUUUAAACUGUCUAGUCAAUGUAGGCAAGUUCAGUUGUUGAGUGGUAAGAUUUCUGCGCUAGUAAGCAGGUUGUUGGUUCAAGUCCAACCCAAGUAAACAUUGUUGUUCUUCUUACAAGCUCCUGAACAGGUUUGAGUGUACAGUGCUUAUCAAAUUAAAAUCACACGUGUGAGGGCAAAACCUGGCGUUUGCAGUCGGGCAACACCGCAGGUCCACUGUUACCUCCAAUUGAGAUUUGCGUUUUACCCAAAUGUGUAUUUCCAUGGGAAUCAACUGUUUAUUAGACAUGAAAAGGUCCACUUUAUGGUAAAAACGACCCUCCCCUUCCACCAAGCUUGCUACUGCCCUGCCAGCUCACAUCUCCUGAUGCGAAAUUCAAAAAUAGGAGCAAAAACUCAAAUUGUUCAGUGGUACUUCAAAUAAUUUCUUAAGUUUUUCUUUCAUGAAACAGUGGUUUCAUUUUUUUUUUUAGAAUUAGAACUGUAGGUAUUCAAAUUCUAAACCAUUGUCAAAAUCACAAUUGGAACAUAACUUUCAGUGCCAACUUUAAUCAAAUAGUUAUAGUAGUUAUAAUUGUGAUCUUCAUGACAAUCAAAAUACUAUCCUUGUUAUUUCCUGUUUUGAUGAUGCCUGAUGUGUGACUUACCACCCACUAUCCAACUAUCUUAUCCAACUUCUUUCUUGCUGUCGCUUUUGCAUCAGAGGGCCUUAAAAAUUCAGUGCUCUUGUGAUAAUAUAGUGUGUAUUAAUGAGAGAAGCAACAAACGAAUAACAACCCAUACCCAUCUCUACUGUAAGUAGCUGAGUACGCAUACUGCCCAUAUCAUAUCAUAUCAUGUCAAUCCCACAUGUAAGUUCAAAAGUGCUCACUUGCUCCCCCCCCCCCCCCCGAACCCCCUCCAAAUAAAAUGUCAGGUCAGGAAGGUGUCCUCAGUACCAGAAAUGUAGCAUGUCAGCAUGUACAAACAUUAAAGUAUGGAGAUUAUGGUUGCGAGAUCAUGGGGUAUAUCUGUAAUUUUGAUGUGAAUUUAACACUAGCAUAUUUUAUGCCAGUGUCCCUAUGGACUGUAUAUAAUAAUGGGACACGCCCCUUGUUUUGCAAGUGCACUUCAUCAGCAAUUCAAAUGUUUGUAUUUGCUAAGGCACAUGAGUUUUUGAACCUCAGAUUAAGCUCAAUUUGCACAUAAUCUGAAGAGGAAAAAAACAAAUUCUGGAAACUUUUGUUACUGAAGCAGUUGUUAAUCUUCAGCAAGGUGGCGUCACGGUUUUGCUCAUCAGUAGACCAUGGAAUUUGCAUCAGCAUUAAAAAAAAAAGCCUAAAAACUUGCAAUAGGCCUACAAAUAUUAAAAUAAAGUUUAAUGGGACACAUGCCACUAGUACAUCA